GGGGGGGGCUCUCUGCCCCAAUUGCAUCAAUGAAAGGCCGGACAGGGUCCUGUGGCAGGUCACUCAAACGGAUCCCGCCACAUGCAUCCCUCUCGAGCCUUCACCCUUGCGUGCCAGCUGGCAUCUCGCCGCGCAUUGGUUUCCUUCCGUGGCCUUGCGACCACUGCAUUGGAUGAGGACGUUGCCCAGGCUCGGAAGUAUUGCUUGGAUCAACUCAGACAUGGCGACUAUGAGGCAUAUCUCAUCCGGCAUUUCAUCCCUCACUCGGCGCGGGAUGCCUAUGACGCCCUCCGGACCCUGAACCUCGAGUUGGCUCGCCUGCCCGAGUCGGUGUCAAACCCGACGAUAGGCCGCCUCCGGACGCAGUUCUGGCGCGACGCGGUCAAUAGCACCUUCGCGGGCAAUCCGCCACGGGAACCCAUCUCGGUGUUGUUGCAGAGCGCCGUCGGGAAGCUUACGGCACGAGCCGGCAGCAGCAGUGCAGCCUCGCUCAGAUUCUGGCUCCUGCGUCUGAUCAACACCCGGGAGAAGCAUCUGGAGAACAAGCCCUUCCCGAGCCUGGCCGCGCUCGAGGACUACUCGGAAAACACGUACGCCAGCUUGAUGUACAUGACCCUCGCCGCCAUACCUCUGCAGUCGGUGCAUGUGGACCACCUGGCGAGCCACAUCGGCAAGGCUUGCGGCAUUGUCGCCACGCUACGCGGUAUUCCUGUCCUGGCAGCCCCUUCACAGGCCAUCCGAGGCCCAUCCGGGACCAGUGUUGGGAACACCAGGAGUCCAGCGCUGCUGCUUCCACUCGACAUCAUGGCCGAGGUCGGCUUGAAGGAAGAGGAUGUGUUUCGCCGGGGACCGCACGCCGAGGGUCUGCAGGACGCUGUCUUUCGCGUUGCCACCCGCGCCAACGACCAUCUCAUCACGGCACGACAAAUGCUCAGGAACCUGCAAUCCGGGAAGGAACCCGGACACGAGUACGAGCAUCAGGAUGAACCAGAACACGCGCAUCUUAGCACGGUUCAUGGCGAUGACACAGAAUGGGAUGUGCAGCGAGGGUUCCGAGUUUUGUUGGAGGCGGUCGCCGCCGGAGACUACCUACAACGGCUGGAAGCGGCCAAUUUCGACCCCUUCAGGGUCAAGCGUAGCUGGAAGCUUCCUUGGAAGCUUUGGAGCGCCCACAGACAUUACGAAAUAUGAACACAAGGGCGGAGCACGCAGUGGUAUUCGUCGCGGGAUUCACUGAAGUACGGCCGACGCCAAUGCCCUGGAAAUGCAGACUCGUCUACCAGAGAGUGGAUUUGAUGCUCAUGGACCGCCCCAACUUGGCUCGUAUCGCAACUGAACGGAUGCGAAAACUUGCCUCAAUGGGUCAGUAAACAGUGUCUUGGAGCGAAAUCUUACGACAAAGGCCGCGGAGAGCCGGCUCUAGCCGGUCGGCUGGGC